CGCGGAGCGCUGCGGGACAUAAAUUCACUGCCGCCUUUCAGCCGAGCCUCGCUGCGCAAGUUUUCGGGCGACAUCUGCACGUUGCCUCUCCGACGAACCUGGAGAAAGACAAGGGGGCGACGAGGGUAGGCUGAGCGCCAUGAGGAGCUUUUUGACGCGCGGUGGGCAACUUCUGCGCCACUUGCUGCUGUGGCACGAACGCGGUGGGGUUUUUCUGAAGCGCUCCCACUCCGAGUAACUUUGUUUUUUGUCUUUUGUCUUUGUUUUUUAAGACAGCGGCAUGAAGUCCUUUGGUAUGCCAUGUUUCCUGCGUUGUGUCCUCAUGCUCAGGAUUGCGACUCAUGGGAUGUAGUAAAUGGAGAGCUGCGUUCAACUUUGGACACCUGAAAGUGCAGUCCAAGCUGUCCGUCUUCUUUACCAUGGUCAUUCUCUUCACUUACCUCUUUUACUGCCUCAACGGAUACUGUGACUCCUUGCCCAGGCCCGUGCACGACCAACAAACUAAUCCUCAAAGUAAAAUCGUCUUAAAUGAUGGACACGAAGCGUCGCCGGAGCAGCUCGGCGCGUAUGAUGCGUCCCCGGGCUCGUUUGUCCGGGAACAGCUGUCGGACUUGUCGAUCAGCGAUGCUCCGUCGAACAAUAUCUCUAUAGCCAAUAGUUUCGGCAGCAAAAAGUUCCCUCAAGCCAUCAUCAUCGGGGUGAAGAAAGGUGGCACGCGGGCUCUGCUGGAGUUCCUGCGCAUCCAUCCGGACGUGAGGGCCGUGGGCGCCGAGCCGCACUUCUUCGACCGCUUCUACGAUAGGGGGCUAGAAUGGUACAGGAACCUGAUGCCUCGUACACUUGAGGGUCAGAUCACCAUGGAGAAGACCCCAAGUUACUUCAUCACCAAAGAAGCCCCUCGCCGCGUCUUCUCGAUGAGCCGCAACACCAAGCUCAUCGUGGUGGUGCGAGAUCCCGUGACCCGAGUUGUUUCUGAUUACACCCAGACUCUGUCCAAAUCUCCUGGGCUCCCGUCCUUCCAAAACCUUGCCUUUCGCAAUGCCACCACAGGACUCAUCGACACAUCUUGGAGCGCCGUACGCAUCGGCAUUUACUCCAAGCACCUAGAGAACUGGCUGCGCUUCUUCCCACUCUCACGCUUCCUUUUUGUGAGCGGCGAACGCCUUGUAACGGACCCAGCAGGCGAGAUGGGCCGGGUCCAGGACUUUCUAGGACUCAAGCGCGUGGUGACAGACAAGCACUUCUACUUCAACCAGACCAAAGGUUUCCCCUGCCUAAAGAAGCCAGAGGGGAGCAGCAGACCACGCUGCCUGGGGAAGUCGAAAGGCAGGCCCCAUCCCCAGAUCCCCUCUGAGGUCCUGCUUAGGCUCAGGGACUUCUAUAGACCCUUCAAUCUCAAGUUCUACCAAAUGACCGGCCAAAAUUUUGGCUGGGAUUGAACAGCUACUCGCCAAAGCUCCUAAAAACUUUUACUUUGCUUCAAUCUGGCACAACCUUAAAACUGGAACUUAUAGCACUUGGCACCCCAAGUGCCAGGCUCUCAUUGCUGUCCAAAACACUUGACAGCAAUACGUCCAUAUUGAAAAUUACACCAGAAAGAAGCCAAUCGUGAAAAGAGAUGUGCCAAAAGUUAAACCAAAUGGCAAAAGAGUAACAAGCCUUGACAGCUGGGCAAAGCUACGAUAAACCAAAUGACAUGUUGGAGUUUUGAGAGGGACACAGGAGCUCUGCCACACAAAAAAAAGACAGCGAGGAAAGAAACUAUGGGGUUUGAAAUCUACACUAUGGUACAAUCAAAAUAAAUGUAAAUGUGUGUUGUUGAGACGUAAACUAAUCAUUCAGAAUCACUUAAAUUGUUCAGUUCACCGUUAUACAGUGUAUGCAAUUUUAGGAAGUUAUUUUUUCUUCAGUUCUUUUAAUGCAAGCUCCUUUUCUGGACUGUCUUCUAAUUUUAUAAAAAUCAAAGAUUUAGGAAAACACAGGGGGAUACCAAGUACUGGUGCAAAAAAAUGCACCAGACAUGUUAAACAGUCCAUAUGUGCUGUAAAUUUGCUGUUAUUUAUGUCGCCACUACAGUGCUUGUAUAAAAUGUUCUUUACAGACCACACCUGUGUCUGUGAUUGUUUUCUACUUCAUUUAACUCACACUCACCUCCAUAAAUGGUACUUACAUGCAAAUGUAUAUUUCUAAAAGCCUAAUUUAUAAGAUGACAACUUAUUGUUGAGAGUUUUACUCUGAGACUUUUGU